AUGGAUAAGCCAAGCAGUCUCAGUUUCCUUCGGAAGAAGGAAAAGUCAAAAGGCCGGCUAUCCGUCAAUCACGUCUCGCGUAGGCAAUCUUUCGACCCGGAAGAGCUUGAAAAAAUUCGUGCUUUGACGGCUAGCGACACGGCAGUUGAGGCUCAAUCCAAUGAUUCAGAUCUCGAGCAUGCUGAGGAAUUCGACCCAAUUAAUCCGGAGGGCAUUACCCUUCUGCAUAUGCCCGAGGACCCUCAAACUCACAAAGUUGACAUUAUCUUCAUCCAUGGGCUUGGUGGAGGAAGCUACCGGACCUGGUCCUACAAAACAAAACCGGAUAAAUUUUGGCCUAAACUUUGGCUUCCCCGGGAAGUUCCAGAGGCUCGUAUAUUUACCUUUGGAUAUGAUGCCAACGUCAACGUCUUACGAAAGGGCGAUGAUGUGUCCAUCCUUGACUUCGCAAAAACCUUUCUCCAGCGCGUUAAACACUACCAGGAAGGGACAACACAAAGGUUUGGCCAAGUACCCAUUAUUGUUGUGGCGCAUUCUAUGGGUGGUUUGGUCUUCAAGCAAGCCUUUGUGCUUGGCCACAUGGACCCGGCUUUUCACGACAUUAUUCCUAUGUUCCGAGCUGUCCUAUUCCUCGCGACUCCUCAUCGAGGAAGCGAUCUGGCCAAGGUCCUGAGUUUGUUCCUUUCAUCUGGGAGAACAUAUGUUGAAGAGCUUAUCCGAAAAAGUACUACGACCGACCAAUUGCGGGAGAGUUUUCGCCAUCUCGCCCCAAAGCUACGAAUCAUUUCCUUCUAUGAAACGAAACCUACACCAAUCGCUUUAGGGAUUUCCACCAUGAUUGUUGAGAAAGACAACGCCAUCCUAGACUACCCAGGGGAGGAGUCGAUGAUGCUUGCGGCAGAUCAUCAUCAAGUUUGCAAGUUCAAGAGCACCAACGAUAACAAUUACCGGAUAGUCAUCGAGAAAAUUCGCAGCGUCGUUAUGCAGUUAUCAUCUGUACCAGCUCAAGCCGAUACUGCAAACGUUCCUCACGGUGAUCUCCAACAAAAUCUAGAUGCGGAACUCGAAGAAAUAGCAUAUAUGCUUGGCGUUGAGCAUCACAUUGGAACCCCAAAAGCUGAUCCCGAUCUGCUUUGCCGUAUCUCAGAAAGGACAGAUGGCACUUGUAUCAACUUCCUCCACGAUACCAGAGUCGAGAACUGGCUAAACACCGGCAAAACAGAGAUACUCUGGGCUUACGCCCCUGCUGGAAGCGGCAAGUCGAUGACAUGUGCUUUUUUCACUGAUUACCUUUUUCAAAAUUAUCAGCACUGUUCCUUCUUUUUCUUUAAAUACGGGCAGAGGGCUCGACAGUCACCCCAGGAUAUGCUUCUCUCCCUGGCUUAUCAGACUGCUCGUCAACUUCCUGAGUAUCGUCGUGCCCUGCUCAAUUUAGCAAAGUCAGGGUCCUCUAGGGCUCGUACACUAGCAAGCCUAGACUGGAUGGCUAUUCGGAGACAGCUGUUCACGGGAUUUCUUGCUCCACUCAAGACAGCUGCUGAUCUCUACUGGGUUGUUGACGGCGUUGACGAGGGGCUGUCCCGAGACCAAAUUAUGAGAGCUCUCACUGAAGUCGCGGCCGACUUCAAAGGCCCUGUCAAAGUUCACAUUUUGGUCUCCAGUAGGCCAUUGGAAGACAUCAGACAAGUAAUACGUGUGGCGAAGGCUCGAGAAGACAAGAAGAAGGAUGGCAUUAUCAUUGAUGAAAUGCCUUUCCCCGACAAUCGAGAUGACAUUCGACGUACAGUGGAUAAUGAACUGGACUACCUCCCUUGCGACGAAGAAGAACAUCCUACCUUGAAGCGCGAUAUUGUCGAGCGAAUCGUUGACCGAGCGGACGGCAACUUCCUCUGGGCGAGGCUUAUCAGUGAGAAAAUCGUGCAGGAAUGUGCCGACUAUGCCGACAUUGAGCAUGUCCUUGAUACAACUCCAAGCGGCAUGAGUGAGUUUUACGAUCGCAUGAUGGGAGCUAUCCAGAAGCUCAAUAAUAACAAGGACAAGACGAUGGCUCAAGCAUCCUCAACCUGCGACAUAUCAUCGCCAAAUUUUGUGGUCAAUUUGUCAUCGUUGAUCACCAAAGACGAAUCUCUUUGGUUCAUCAUUCUGCUCGAGAAUAUUUAG